CAUGUCGUGACACUUUUUUUUGCUGUUAUUAUCGCUAUAGCUAUCAUUCUUGGUGUGAACUGUUUAGGUCAAAGACUGAUGAAAGUAUAGCAGACAGAUUUGAAAAAGAACACCUAACAGCUAACAACACAUAAACCUGCUAUCAUUUGGCUGCUAAGUUAUUUACACAUUGCCUAAAAAUAAUAGUAGUGUUCCAAAUUAAUCUAAAUGUGAUAAGGAUACAUCAGAUAAAAAGUAAAUUAUGGUGAUAUCAUUGCUUGUUUUGAAUGCUUGACGUUUUCUUGGGAUUAUAAAAGUCCCAAGGUGCAUGAGGUAGAUGUCAAACCUCAAAACUCUUUCAGGAGAAAGUUGUGACCACUGAAACUUCUGGACAACAUGAUCGGGAUCCUUCUUGGCAUUCUGUUAACCGUGGGUGGUUGCUCAGCCACCACAUCUAUUUCCUGUCGUAAUGAGCAAGGACAAGCCGUUGACUGGUACAUUAUAUACAAGCAACCCAACAUCGAUGGCAAAAAUGGACUGAGGUAUCUCUACAUGGAUGAUUCUACCAAUGGCUGGGUCCCAGGCCUGUACACCAUUGAUGACAAACAGAGUGCUGUGGCUCAAACACUAAAACCUCUAUUUGACAACAUUGACACACCGACUGACACAUUUGGAUACAUUCUGUACAAUGAUCAACCACCAGUGCCAUACAGAACAGCCUCCUCUUCCUAUGGACACAGUAAAGGUGUUGUUCUGCUGGACCAACAAACUGGCAUUUGGUUGUCACACAGUACCCCGGAUUUCCCCGGCGUUGACAUUAACGCUUUCUGGCCAGAUAGCGGCUACCACAAUGGACAAACCUUUAUCUGUGGAACAUAUGAAUACUCUACUUUCAAGAACAUUGCAAUCCAGCUCGAGUACAUUCAUGUGAAUCCAUUUAACUCCCACAUCCCUGAGUCCUUCUACACUGAGCUCCACUGUGUGGCCAAUAAAGGCUGCUAUCCCAGAGCGGCACCCUUCUAUCGACAGCUCGACAUGACCACCCUGGCAGGACACAAGUUUGUCAGCUAUGCCAAAUAUGGCAGACUCCAUGAUGAUCUCUUCUCCGCUGUGCUUGAUACUCACAUGGGAGGUGACUUCUAUGCCAAGAGCUGGGGCAGACUUCGCCACCCAUUGCCUUCCAACUGUUCCGUCCCUAACUUCGUGUACAACGUGGAGGAAGUGCAGCUUCCGACCACCGAACCCUUCAGCAUCACCGUGGACCACUCCAAGUGGAGCGUGACGGUGGCCGAGUCCUCCACGCCAUGGACCUGCAUCGCCGACAUGAACAGAGAAGUCAGUCAGGAGAGCAGAGGCGGUGGGGCCGUGUGCACAGACAACCCUGCUGUGUGGAGCGCCUUCUCCAGUAUUGUGUUCACCUACGCGCCAUGCCCUAACUGAUCACUCUAACAGGUUUACAGCCUGAAAGUAAGCAGCUUUAUCAAGGGUGUGCUGAAUUUUCAAAAUAAAACAUAAUUAUUUUGAAAUCCUAAAUGGCUUCAUUAUGUUUCUGAUGGUUAUAAAUUAUCAUGUCCCAAAGAAGAGUAGCCGUUCCUGUCUUUCCUG